AUGACGUCCUUCACAGUAGCAGUCGCUGGCGGCACCGGCGGCAUUGGUCGCAACAUCGUCAACGGCCUUGUGCAGCAGGGGAAGCACGAGAUCUUGAUACUCAGUAGGAAAUCAUCCACGUUGGAAAUAGGAUCUACUUCCAUCCGCACCAUCGCAACAGACUACAGCAACAUCGACGGCAUGAAAACCAUCCUCAAAGCCAACAACAUCACCAUCAUAAUAUCCGCCCUCAUCCUCGCCUCCCCCGAAGGCAGCCAAGCCCAACUCAACCUCAUCUCCGCCGCCGCUCAAUCCGGCAUCGUCAAAAAGUUUCUCCCCAGCGAAUACGGCAUCCACUACACCGAAGAAAUCGUCUCCUUCCACCCCGCCGCACGCUACUGGCUCGAUGCCGCGGACGCCCUGCGCAAGUCAAACAUGCAGUUCACCCGCGUGAUAUUCGGCUGGACGCUGGACCACUACGGCCUGCCUCGGGUGCACAGCUACAUGAAGCCAUUCAAGUACGUACUUGAUUUCGAUAAUCGCAAGGCUGCGAUCCCGGGGGAUGGAGAACAGCCGGUGAGUUUCCUGCAUACGGCGGAUCUGGCGAGGUAUAUUGGGGCGCUGUUGGAGGAGGACGAUUGGCCUGAGCUUAGUGCUUUUGUGGCGGAUACGCUUUCUUGGAAGGAGUUUGUUGGGAUUGCGGAGAAGGUGACUGGCGCUAAGUGGGAGGUUAAGUACGACUCUGUUACUACGCUGGAGAAGGGCGAGGCGACGAUUCUGCCCCAGCUGGAGGGCGCGCCUACGGAGGCGGAUUAUCCUGGGAUGCGCGCGAUGAUUAGUGAGUUCGGCUUGAUGGCUGUGAGGGGCGUGUUGGAUGUCAGUCGUCUCGGGGUCAGGAAUGAAGAGUUUCCGCAGAUCAAGCCGAUGGGUGUAGAGGAGGUUGUGGAGAAGGCUUGGGGGAAGGGGCCUGGUGCUUAG